AUGUCUGCUACCUUCGAUUUGUACCACGGUUUCGGUCUGAUCAAGAUCAAAACCCUGAAACACACCAGAAGCCAAGUCUACCUGGCCUGUCACGAAAGCAACCACUUUGUCAAGAAGGUGCUGAAGGUCUACGAGAACGACCCGGAGUCUUUGGAGAUCUUCAAGACGGAGCUCUCCCUACUACAGAGGCUCCAGCAUCCCAACAUCAUCCCCAUCGAGUGCGCCAUGAAACUUCCCGCCCACAGCGUCAUCGUCUUGCCGUUCUGCGAGUGGGGCGCCCUGACCAACGUGGUGGGCAGGAUCGACCUCAGCCACUUCGACCACUACUUCCUGCAGCUGUGCAGCGCCAUCAAGUACCUGCACGGCCAGGGCAUCGCCCACAGGGACAUCAAGCUGGACAACAUCCUGCUGGACGCCUACCAGCGCGUCUACAUCACGGACUUUGAUCUGUCCUGCGCUGUCGAGCCUGACAACCCCAUAGUCCACAAAAAGAAGGGGACCUAUCCAUACAUGGCGCCUGAAAUGUUGGCUAAACCUAAGGGAUCUUAUGAUGGAUUUAAGAUCGACAUGUUCGCCUUUGGUGUCGUCAACUACGCCAUCUUGUUUCAACAAGUCAUCACCGAGCCCGAGGACUACCUAGAGGUCACCCGGACCUUCCCCUGGCCCGACCCCAUGCUGGCACACAAGGGGAUCCUGGAGAAAUUGCUGCAGCCCGACCCUGAAGCCAGGUGGGGCAUUCUGGCAUUGAUAGAAAGUCUGAGUGCUGCCCCUUCAAUGGCUGAAAGGGCCAAGUUUCUGUAA